UCGCGCGGACGCCGCGGGCUCCGGAGCUUCUGUCAGGGAAGCUGAGCGUGCGGAGGCAACUGAGGAGGCGGGAAGGCGGCAGUGGUUGAAGGGGCGCUUGCUAAUUUGCAGGGAGGAAGUCCGAGGGUGUGGGGAGCCAUGGUGAUGGCAGCGAAGAAGGGCCCAGGACCCGGUGGUGGGAUCGGCGGGGGAAAGGCGGAGGCGGAGGCGGCUUCGGAGGUGUGGUGUCGCCGGGUGCGGGAGCUGGGCGGCUGCAGCCAGGCCGGGAACCGUCACUGCUUCGAGUGCGCCCAGCGCGGGGUCACCUACGUGGAUAUCACCGUGGGCAGCUUCGUCUGCACCACCUGCUCCGGCCUCUUGAGAGGACUGAACCCCCCUCAUCGAGUCAAGUCCAUCUCCAUGACAACUUUCACUGAGCCUGAAGUAGUAUUCCUGCAAUCCCGUGGGAACGAGGUUUGCAGGAAGAUUUGGCUGGGUCUUUUUGAUGCUCGGACAUCUUUAAUACCAGAUUCCAGGGAUCCUCAGAAAGUGAAGGAGUUUCUCCAGGAAAAAUAUGAGAAGAAGAGAUGGUAUGUCCCUCCAGAUCAAGUCAAGGGGCCCACUUAUACCAAAGGCAGUGCCUCCACCCCUACCCAGGGCUCCAUCCCAGAAGGGAAACCUGUUCGGACACUUCUGGGGGAUCCUGUGCCAUCUCUCUCAGCUGCUGCCUCCACCUCUAGCCAGUCUGUCAGUCAGUCCCAGGCUCGGACAUCCCAGCUCCGGAGUGCUCAGCCACCUCCCCACUCAUCAGUCAAGAAAGCCAGUACUGACCUGCUGGCUGACAUUGGUGGAGACCCCUUUGCUGCUCCCCAGACAGUACCAUCCUUUGCUGCAUUCCCAGCCUUUGGAGGCCAGACACCUUCCCAUGGGGGCUUCGCCAACUUCGAUGCCUUUGGCAGUAGCCCCAGCCCUUCUGCAUUUGGAAGCAUUCCUCUAGCCGGCCAAGCCCCAUUCCAGGCCCAGCCAACAGCCACAGCCAGUCGGAUGCUAACUGGAAGUUACAGCUUUGGGAGCAGCCAGGUGACUCCAUUUGGUGCCUCUUCCCUUGUACCUGCCAGUCAGCCCAACAGCCUCACAGAUAUGGGUGGCCUCCUGGGACCUGGAGCAUCAGCUGGAGGUAUCCCUAGCAGCAUCUUUGGGAUGACUGGCCAAGUCCCCACCCUUCAGUCUGCCACAACUGGUGGAGGUAGCAGCACAGGACUUGCCUUUGGAGCCUUCACCAACCCUUUCACAGCGCCUGCUGCUCACCCUCAGCUGCCUUCCACGAACCCAUUCCAGCCCAAUGGUUUGGCCACAGGACCUGGCUUUGGGAUGAGCAGUGCUGGGCCUGGCUUCCCCCAAGCAGUGCCACCCACCGGGGCCUUUUCCAGCACCUUCCCACCACCAGUGUUCUCCCUGCAGACCUCAAUGACCCAGCAGCAGAAUGGCUCUUCCUUCAGUGACUUAGGAUCAGUCAAGCUGGGACAGAGGCCACUGAGCCAGCCAGCGGUCCUGUCCACCAACCCCUUCAUGACUGGAUCCUCAACAAGCCCAUUUGCCUCCAAACCUUCAACCACCAACCCAUUCUUGUAGCACUGUGUUCUGGGGACCUCUUUCCUGCUCUCUGGGGUCCCUCUACUCCUUGGAACUCUGGUGACCACUUGCCUGUGGCAUUUAUGUGAGUCUGAGACCAGAAUGGGCCUUACUUUGCAGGGUAGAGGUCUUGAAGAUGGUGGAGGUGCUACUGCUUUGCCUGGAGCUUACAGAUAAAAAGGGCAGCUUCCUCCCUUCUUCCUUCCAACCCCUGACCCAGGCAGGAGGCCUAGGAGGAGAGAAGGCAGGGCCUGGCCUAGAGGAACAAUGGUGUUUUUUCCUCAAGUUAUUGAUUAUGAUGACAGUAAUCCUCCUCCUCUUCUGCCGUCAGCAUACACAGUGCUCCCUUCAUUCCCAGCCCUCUGGGCAAAGGAAGCUGUGGGCACGGGCUGACCAGCAUUCCCCUGGGGGAACUCGUCCCCAUGCCCAACUUUCCAACACUGUUCUCCUCGUGGGCAGAAGCACAGGGGGAAGAGUAGGGUGAGGGUGGGGAUCAGGUGUGUUGACGUGGGAUAGUAAUCAAGCCAAGAAGGUCCUGGGGGACCAGAGUGCCCCUGGUGCCCUGGCUUGGGCCAGCAUACCCUUUUCUCCACGUUCUUGCAUCCCCAACUCCUUCCCUCAUCCUGGGCACUCAGGAUGACUAGUUUUACCUACAUACUGGGUUGGCCAAAAAGUCUGUUUAGUUUUUUUCCAUAAAAUAAAAGACACAUGUUUCAUUUUCACCAAUAACUUGAUUGACUUGGAUAUUUUGGGUAUGUCAGCUAUCUCCCAUGUGGU